AUGCCUCUUGACACAAUCUACCUUGUCCGUCACGGACAUCGCAUGAACUGGACAAUAGACUACGCAACAGGCAUAUAUCACAGUACCUUCCUAACACCAACCGGCAAUCCAGCAGACCCAACACUAACAGCGCACGGAGUCCGACAAUCGCAGGAAUUAGCGGCAUAUCUUCUAUCGGGGGAGUAUCCUGGACCGAAACCAUGGAGGAUUUACUCUAGCCCUUUUUAUCGGUGUUUGCAGACUAUUAAGCCUAGUGUUGAGGCGCUUGAUGUAGAAGAUUCUGGUACGGGGAAGACGAAGAGGGGCGUCAGGAUUGAGAAUGGGCUUGGAGAAUGGUUUGGUGCAUCAACAUACUUUGAUCAUCCCUCACCCGCCUCCAUAUCCGAGCUACAUCAGCAUUUUCCCACAAUUAUACCUGACCCCGCGUCUGGUUACAAUGACAUCGUCCACGUCAUCCCCUCAACACGCGGAGAAACGAUACCACAGUUACACAACCGUGUAGCUACAACUCUAGCAGCUAUCAUUGCCGAUGCAGAUGCAGAUAUACGCGCCGAAGAAGAACAAGAAGCUCGUAACGGCAAUGACAAGGAGGCAUUAAGUAGCAAAUCAAUUCUUAUAUGCUCGCAUGCCGCUACACUGAUUGCUAUGGGUAGGGCCUUGACAGGGAAUAUGCCGGAUGAUCCUAAUAUAGAAGAUUUUAAAGUGUAUACGGCUGGAUUGAGUACUUAUGUCCGACGACAUACUCCUCCACCAAAUGCUGAGUAUUACACGCAAGAAGAAGGAUUAUCCUUACUCGCAGAGGGAACCAAACUCCUCCCCGAGUCUGAAGUGCGAGUCCCUGCUUGGCAAUGUGGUAGAGGGGUUAGCGGAGGGUGGGAUUGUGUUAGGAAUUGCGAUUGUAGUUUUUUGAGUGGAGGGGAGGAGAGGGGUUGGCACUUUAAUGGCGAAGAAUCCUUCGAUACGGGUCCAAUGAACACUAAUGAAAAUGCGGACGAGGCAGCCAAGUUAUAA